CCUGGGGCUUGAGGAGGUGGAGCUGCUGUGUAACAGGGCUUGGAGGCCAAGGCUCAUCCUUCUGUGUGAGUCUCCGCCCCCGAGGCUGCCUGUUCAGUUGGAAUCCAGUGAGAAGUCUUGUGUUGCACAGACUAGUCUUUAGUUGGGCGGGAGCGCGGGGAGACGCACUGACUGUCAUGGCUUUUGUAUUCACUGGCAUCAGGGUCCUGCUCGGGCUCUUCUUUGGCCUCGCCGGGUUGGUGAAAGUGACGGAGCAGAUAUCGGCCGAAGUGUAUCAGCAGAUGAAAACCCAGUUUGUACAGUUUGCUGAUGUUUUCCCCCUAAAAGACUUUGGAUACAAGCCAGACCCACAGCAGUAUCUGUUGGCUGUGGGCUGGGUGGAGUUGGUGGCCGGAAUCCUGUUAGCUUUUGGACCACAGAUCCUGCAGGAGAUCAGCAACUUUGUGUUGUGCAUCAUUAUGAUUGGUGCCAUCUACACCCUCCUGGUACUGAAGGAACCUCUUGCUAUGUGUGCCCCUGCAACUGUUUGCCUUGGUCUCCUCCUCUUACUGGCUGUGCGAGGGCGUGGCGUCAAACCAAAAUCCAAGUCUGAGUGAGACUUCACAUGCCUCUGACUUGCGAGGGACCAAUUCUCAUGCACACAAAGUUUACAAUUUUGUGGUAAUGUGUGGGAAGUUUUUAAGUGGAUUUGUUGCUAGGUGACAAUAGCUUGCCUGCAUCUAAUAGGAUAUCCAUGAUUGCCUUAUCUCUGCGAUGUGUGAAUCCCCGCAGACUUUCUAUUGAUUGUACAUAUGCACCACUGUCGCAGUCUCACCAUCUGUUUCAGGUCUCUGUAAUAGAUAUUAGGGUAGCAGUGCACUCUUCAGUCAGUUUUUAUAAUAGGGAGAAAAUCUACCAUAUAUCGUGUGUCUUCUUUCCUUGUGUUACUUGCCUGGAGCUCCAGAAAUCACUGGUUUUCUAACAAUAAAAGAGCACUCCAGAAGUGACCCUUUA